AAUUCCUUUUGAUAUUCUCUCCUUCAAACAUUUCCCUGACUUUUUCUUUCCACUCUGCCAAUGGCUUCCGACAGUGUUCACCUCCAUCUUAUCACUAUACUUCAUCACUCAAUCAUCUUCCUCCUACUCUUUAAACUACCUUCAUCUUUAAGCUCCAACGAUACUCACAGCAAUUGCGCUAACGUGAUAAAUUGCGGCAAAAUAAACAUCGGUUUUCCAUUCUGGGGAGGGAACCGCCCAAGAGAGUGUGGCCACCCUCUGAUGGAACUCAUCUGCGAAAAUGAGACCAGCUACAUAACCAUUAAGGAUGUCAAGUACCAGGUUUUGGAAGCCAACCCAGAUAACCAUACUUUGAAAAUCACCAGACAAGAUUACUGGAUAGACUUAUGCCAGCCAAAUCAAGUCAACACCAGCCUUAACACUCAGCUCUACGUUUAUGACUCACCCUAUAACAAUCUUUCCCUUUCCUAUGGUUGCACUCCUUCAAACUCUUUGCCUCUCACCAAUAUUCCUUGUGAUGGAACUUCUGGGGAAACCGUUUAUUCUCAGUUUGGGUCACUUUCUCCCCGUGUCUUGCAAAACAAGUGUGGUUGUUCCGGUUCCUCUUUCAUUGCAGGAGAUUAAUAGUUUCAUCAAAGUAUACGAGGCAAUCAAAGAAGGGUUUGUGGUGAGAUGGAUAAUAGGUGUUGAAGAAUGUGACAAGUUUGACAGAUCAGGUGGAGAAUGCGGUUUUGAAGGGUCUUCGCUGCAAACAUGUUACUGCAGAGAUGGAGCUUAUCCUAAUUUCUCACAAGAUAGCGAAUCAUCUUCAGGUAAACGCAACAAUGUAGGUGUAGCAAUAGGCGCUACUGUAGGAGGAGUUGCAGCCCUUGUUGUCAUUCUUGGAUGUGUGUACUUUAUUAUACAAAGAAGAAGAAAAAUUUAUCAAAAAUCAAGGAAUAUGGAGCUCUUCAUAGCUCCAACUUCAAGCGGAGACACUUUUGCAUCAACUACUAUCACGUCUCAAAGUCUAUCUUACCAAUCUUCCAAUCCAGUAACCAGGAGUUACUACUUUGGUGUCCAGGUCUUUUCCUAUGAGGAAUUGGAGGAAGCUACCAAAAACUUUGAUGCUUCUAGAGAACUUGGUAAGGGAGGUUUUGGCACUGUUUACAAAGGUGAACUCAAAGAUGGACGUACAGUUGCAGUGAAACGCCAUAAUGAAAGCAACUCUAGGCUUAUUAUGCAGUUCAUGAAUGAGGUUCAGAUUCUAGCCCGCUUAAGGCACAAGAACCUUGUGACACUCUUUGGAUGCACCUCUAAACGUAGCAGAGAACUUCUCCUUGUCUAUGAAUUCAUACCUAAUGGAACAGUGGCUUAUCAUCUUCGAGGAAGAGGCUCAAAAUCAACUUUACUCCCUUGGCCUAUAAGAUUGAACAUUGCUGUUGAAACAGCUGAGGCUCUAGCCUACCUACAUGCAAAUGAUGUCAUACACCGCGAUGUUAAAACCAACAACAUUCUCUUGGAUGAUCAAUUUUGCGUCAAGGUUGCUGAUUUUGGUCUCUUAAGGGAUUUCCCAACUUGUGUCACUCAUGUGUCAACAGGUCCACAGGGAACACCUGGUUAUGUUGACCCUGAGUAUUACCAGUGCUACCAACUCACUGAUAAAAGUGAUGUUUACAGCUUUGGAGUGGUUUUGGUUGAGCUUAUAUCAUCAUUGCGAGCUGUGGACUUCAACAGGAAUGGCAGUGAUGUGAACUUGUCAUACAUGGUGUUUCGACUGGAUCGAUGGGAACCCUGUAAAAACACACGAACUUACUGUUGAAGACGGACGGGCGGACGACGAAGAUGCACGGACGGAGCGGACGUCCUGCUGAAUCCCACGAACCGAAGGAAGCGGCACUGGCGGGCGGCACAAAGAUGGACGAGCGCUACUCCUCGCUCCAAACCGGGCGGACGUCCUCCAAUCCAGACGCUCGCUCUCUGUUCCUUGCCGGGCGGACGUCCUCCUGCUCCAGACGCUCGCUCUCUGCUCCAAGUUGGGCGGGCGUCCUCCCUCUCCUAGCGCUGCUCCACACUCCCAGUUGGGGAGGGGCCGGGUACUUGCUAAAGGCACUCCGACGCUCAAGUCAGUAAUAUGACAGAGCGAUUGUGAUGCGUGUAUGCAUCGUUAUUCAAGUUGGUGCAGAGUUCAUACCUGAGACCUUUAUUUAUAGUGAGUUGUAAUGGGCUUUUACCUUUUGGGGGCCUGGAAACGGUCCAAUAAUACCUUAAUCCUCAUUAAGGACUUUAAUGUGUCAUUAGCGUAUAACCGUGUAAUCAACAAAGUGAGGUGGCGGUUGGGCGGGCGUCCGGUUCAUGAAUGAUAGGAAACCCGUACCUGAUUCUUGGGCGGACGUCCCAACUUGGGCGAACGCCUGAUUCUGGAAUGGCUGGACGUUCGGUCCAUAUUAUUGGGCGGACGUCCCAACCUUGGGCGGACGGUGGACGUGCCAACCUUGGACGGACGUCCGGUUCCUGAGGACGCUCGGUCCAGACUGUUUGGCGGACGUCCGGAUUAUUGGACGGACACGCCAACCUUGGGCGGACGUCCACUUCUUAAAUGGUUGGCCGCUCUUUCGGUCCUGAUUCCUGGGCGGACGUCCUUGGACGGACGUCCGGUUCCUAAGAACGCUCGGUCCAGACUAUUUGGCGGACGUCCGGAUUAUUGGGCGGACGUCCUCUUCUUGAAUGGUUGAACGCCUGUCUUAUGCCGGGAGGACCUAUCGGUACAUAAGCCCCCGAAGCCCGAGCAUAAUUUUAUUGUGCGAAGGGGUUGUCCGUGCCUGGAUGGGCGUCAUUUUGGAAAACCGCUGGAUCCAUGAAAACUCGGACAACUGUUUAUUUGGACGUUCGGUCUUUGGUGCUUGACACGGGUGGCCGCUCGUCAUCUUGAACGGACAUGCCAUCUUGGGUGGACGUCCAAAUGGCUGGACGUUCGUCAUGAUUGCCAUCUUAGGGCGGACGUCCAAAUGGCUGGACGCUCGGCCUGAUUGCCGUCUUUGGGCGGACGUCUAAAUGGCGGGACGCUCGUCCUGAUUUCCAUCUUUGGGCGGACGUCCUAUCUUGGAGGACGUCACUGAAUGGUUGGGCGCUUGGCCUAUGCCGGGCGGACCUAGUACACAUGGCUUUAAGAAAAAUUCAAAACCAGGAACUGCAUGAAUUGGUUGAUCCUUAUCUUGGGUUUGAGAAGGAUCAUGCUAUGAGGAUAAUGACAACAGCAGUGGCAACAUUGGCCUUUAGGUGUUUGCAACAAGAGAGAGAUUUGAGACCAUGUAUGGAUGAGGUGGUGGAGAUCUUAAGAGGAAUCAAGAGUGAUGAGCUUGGUGCACGGGAAGAGACAGAAAUAUUGGAUAUUAGGACUGAUGAAGCUAUACUUUUGAAGAAGGCUCAUUCUUCUGUAUCUAAUUCCUCAUAGUUUCUAUAAGUUUUAAUUUUUCUCUUGGUAAAGAUCUAGUUAGAUAAUAGCUUGUGUACUGUGUGAAAUGUCAGCGAGCUAGUUUAGAAGUCAUAGCCAUGUAUAUUAUAAGGAUGAUGAGAAGGUGAAUUCACUGCUAAUUCAAAAAAUGUUAUAUGCAUAGGGGUCAGAGAAAUAACAUAUAUAUAUA